AUGAUUUUAAUCUAUAAAAAUGAUUUUAAUAUAAUUAAUUUUAAAAAACCGACUCAAUUAUUUAAUAAAAUUAUAUUUUUAUUAAUUUUAAUUAUUUCAUUAAUUAUACCAAUUAAUCAGUGUCAAAGUAUAAAUACAAAUAUAAAUACAAAUAAUAAAGAAAAUAGACCAAAAUUAAAAUUUAAUAAAAAUGGUAAAUUCAAAAUUGUUCAAUUUACAGAUCUCCAUUAUGGAGAAGCUCAAGAAUAUGAUAUUUUAAAUUUAAUUGUACAAGAAAAUGUAAUUGAAAAAGAAUUACCAGAUUUUGUAAUGCUAUCAGGUGAUAUGUUUAGUGCAUAUAAUAUAAUGACAAGUGAAGAGUAUUUAGUAUUAUGGGAAAUGGUGACAAGGUCAAUGAGAAAGAGAAAUAUACCAUGGGCAAUUACAUUUGGUAAUCAUGAUUGUGAAGGACCAUUAGGUGGUAGGGAAAUCGUUAAAAUGGAUCAAUCAUAUAGUAACUUAUCUUUAACACAGGAGAAUAUCGAUCCCACUAUACCAGGUAUUACAAACUAUAAUUUAAAAAUUUAUUCAAGUGAUGACACAAGUUCAUCAAUUUCAUCGUCAAUAUUCAUAUUUGACAGUGACUUGCCACAAUGCAAUGAAAGUGGUUCGUGGGGGUGUGUAGAUGCGAAGCAGGUGGAAUGGUAUGAAAAAGAGUCAGACCAAAUGGGUGGUGGUGGUGGUGGUAAUAUAUCAAGUAUAGCAUUUGUACAUAUACCACCAGUUGAGGUGAUUGAUUUAUGGAAUGAGAAUGUGGUCAAGGGUGAUUUCGGGGAUAAGGAAUCCUGUUGUUAUUAUACAGAUGAAUCUGAAUUUGUUUCAACUAUGGUCAGACGUGGUGAUAUUAAAGGCUUGUAUUUCGGCCACGAUCAUAAAAAUGAUUUUCAUGGGGUAUAUCAAAACUCUGUUGAAUUGGGGUAUGGUAGAAAAUCUGGAUACGGUUCAUAUAAUCCAAAAUAUUUAGAAGGUGCUAGAAUCAUUGAAUUGACUGAACAACCUUUUUCAAUUAAAACUUGGAUUAGAAAUGUAAAUGGAGAAUUGGAAACACAACAAACUCAUUAUCCAAAUCCGUAUAGUCAAUCACCACGUUAUUGUUGCACUCAUGAAGAUCACCAAAAUGAAUCAUCUUGGACAUUAUUCUUAAUUGGUUAUUGCUCAACUGUUAUUAUUGUUUCAAUUAUAUUUUAUAUUAAACGUUCAAAAUCAAAUCAAAAUCAAUCAUAUAAUCUUAUUCAAUUAUAA